AUGAUUUGCGUGUUACAGUGGAAAAGACAGCUGUGUCUUGCCACCACUACAGCUUCCCCUGUCAUUUCUACAAGUUCUCCAGCAUUGCCCACCACAGCAGCUCCACGUACAGUUGUGGGUCCAGUGUUUAUCUUUGUCCGACUUGUGUUCCGCACCAACAACACCAUCCCCAGUGAGAGCGAUGUUCUCGCAAAGGGCAGUCCUUUCUUGAAUGGUGAUGAAAUCCGGCUGAAUGAUACCGUGAGGGUGCAGAAUCUCACAUAUGAGCGACUAACAGAUAAUUCCUUCGCUUUGAGACUGGCCUACAAGAUCAAUGACGUGAGCUUUCCAGAGAAUGUAGAACUCAGGACGGAGACGCAAGCGCGCAUUCAGGACUCGGUCAACAAGCUGAUGAACGGAUUGCUGAUCCAACCUAAUGCAAGUCCUUUCACCUUCCCACAAGCAAAUUUCACCCACCUGCCCAAUGAGAUUCGUGCGAAUGUGGAGUAUGUCUAUCAGGAAGGUGACAUCAACCAACCAAGCAACUUCCUGGCUGCGAUACUGGCAGUUAGUGGUCCUACAACCACUACAGCUUCCCCGGUGAUUGCCACAACAAAUUCUCCAGCAGUGACCACCACAGCAGCUCCACGUACAGUGUAUGUUUCCAUCUUUAUGUUUCGUUUUAGUGUUGGGGUCUUCCUUGUGAAAUCAUUUCUCUGUCAAAUCUGUGGUUUGCUGGACUCCAAUCCUAAUGUCAUCUCCAUGUGUUUCUGCAGUUUGAGAAUUCUUCAUACAGAGACAUCGUUACAGAUGAUGGUGUUACCUCAGUGA